CUCGCACAAAUUGUGUGAUUUUCAGCUUUCCUUACUUCAAUAUUCAAACUUCUGACUGUUCAACCCCUUUAAUUCUAAUGCAGAACGAGGGAAAUGCCUCGACAUCGGAAGAAGAAUGGAAUCUUUGACUCCUAUGGUUUGCCAAAACCCAUUAUUGAAGUUAUUCCUGCCAGGACCACGGCCAGCGCUAGCACAAGACCUUUAAUUGAAUACCAGGCGACCCGAAAGCAAAGUCCAGUACACGAUGGGCAUAAAUUGACACAGUGUACUUUAAUGCCAGAGCUGGCUCAUGGCUUAACGUAUACUCUCCCUGAAAGGCGGCCUUACUCAUUGGAACACAUAUCGGCUUUGAAAAGGGCAUGCAAAUCUAUGGCAAGAUAUUUCAAAGAAACUUCAAUCACUUCUCUUUCCCCCGCAGGACCCGUUAAUAGUGAUGAGGUCCACUUCUUGAGUAUGGGAGGUAGGGUUAUGUUUGUACAGCCGAUAGCAAUGUACAAAAGCCCAGGUCCAUCAGGCAAAACCUUUGGAGUCAUCCGUCUUGAAGGUGAAAAGAUCAGGUUUAAAGCUGCAAGCGGCUGGGGAAAAAGAGAUCAUGACGAUUCACUGCGAGAUAACGAAUUCUGCUCAGCUGUAAGUGUCAAUAAAGUAAAAAGGCAACCAAUUGUGUUGUAGAUAGCUGCAAGAGUCAGACUACAAAUAAUACUCUUGCCGGCCCCUCCUAGUUUGAUGCUAAUCUAUCAAUUCUGUAGCAAGUAUUGCAAUUCUGCAAUUCUUUGGGCUUCCACCUUCCAGGAAAUUGCUGGGACAAAACCGAAGUGGGAAGAUACGCAGCUUGUCACGUCGAAAAGAAGCUCAUAUUGAUGCUUGUCCUCGACAUAAUAUACGAUGCGCAAACCGGCGACAUAGCUAUGUUUAGGCUUGACGAACUUUGGGAGCGGGGCCUGAGGGCACAAAUAUACAUUGAUAAAGAUCCCUGUCAUCACUGUCAAUAUUUUGCUAGGCUAUUGACGGAAUACACAGGCAUCGAAUUCACAAUAAUUACUGCAAAGAAUUUCGUGGAAGCAGAAUGGUCGAAGGCGGAUGGAAAGAGACAGCUGCAACGGAAGCAUGCCGCGCCGCGGAUGCAAUCACAACUAUUCAAAUAUCCAAGGUCCAAGACGAAACGGCCGGAGCAGUCGGUAGAUUACAGCAUCUCUGUGGCUUCUACUUCUUGCAAAAGCAGAUCUGGGGGAAAACGGGACAGGAUGUUGGAUGAUGAUGAUGAAAAUGAUGAAACAUUUUGCCCCAGGGAAUUGCAACCAAAGAUCAAAAGAUUGCACAAAAAACCCCGAACAAUCGAUAAAUUCAACAAAACAAAAUUUGACUCUCAUCGUUCGGGAAACCCAACAGCAACUUAUGACGCGCCGAGAGAUCUUGCUAGCUGCACACACUCGUCAGCUCAACAACUAAGCACCAAGUCAGACAUGAAGUCAAAGAAAAUUGUUUCGCCACUAGAUUCGAAAAGAUACAUCAAAGUGUCUCACUCACGGGGUACAGCAGUGGACCACUAUUCCACGACAGUAGAGACUACCAAGCUGCAUGGCAAAGCUGUGCCUUCUGAGCGCUCCCGAGCCAUAGCGGAGCUUCAACAGGCGAAAGAAAGUCUACUUCCUAUAGAGCAUAAAAUGCCAGUCUUUCAUUGUGUACCAACACUAACUUCGUCCCCACGAAUAAAGAUUUACAGAACCUCGAAUGACUUAGAUACUGUAAGCUUGCAAAGUUCGAGAACGGCCUCACCAGAGGGAUUCAUAGUAACACCACCUGAGCAGCCCCAUAAGGCUUUACCUAGCCCAGUGACAACGCCAUUGAGAAGACAUACACAUAGUCUACAUUCAGAGAGUAUCAAUGGUCGGGAACCUAUUGGCUCAUCAGCGUCUGUCCAAAGCUCACGCGAAAGGCCGACUCCGAUCAAAUUUGCAGUCUCCGACUCACGACCAGCAAAACGAGUCAUUUCAAGGAGUAUUGAUUUGACGACUCCCGAGCCUUCCCCGCUGUCAAAGAUAAAACAGUAUCAAUACACACCACCACCUUCCAAAACCAGCAAACAUCGCUCAGAAAAAGAGGUCCUCCCUAUACCGUUCAGAUUGUCGAAUAACAAGAAUUAAAUGUUGAUGAAUACUGGUUCUGAAAUAUCAGGAUACUUGGUGCAUAUUAGAGUUCCCUUUUGCAUCAAAUAUAUCGGUCGAAAUACGUUAUUGUGAAUGAGGGAUGUUUUCAUCAGACAUCGGGUUGAUGGGCUGGACAUCUCCAGCCCGCUAGUAGUUUUAGCCCUCCCGAGAUGCAGGAACAGUAAAUGACGAAUCAUUUUGAAUUAAUGUGAGGAAAUCCAUUUUGCCACCCACUCUUGCUUUAGUAUAUAGUGUAGUCCGGCUGGAAGAGGCUCAACGUGAUGUGAGACUGUGAUUUCAAUGCAUAUGCUUCCAAAGUCUAUGAACAUAAC